UAAAAAAAAAUAGUUUAAGAGAGUUUAUUAGUUAAAGGGAGAUGUUUAUUUUUUUAAAGCUUUGAACUCAACUCUAGUUCAGAUUAUUGAGUUAUUGUGUGUAGGUUGUUGUAUCCUGGAGGGACAAGUCAAGGUGUAUUACCGUUGGACCGGAGAAAUAAUUACCGUAGUGAGUUUGAAUCUCCUUAAAGAGAGCGAGAUAUCGGGCCUCAGGCAUAGAAGAAGAAACAUAUUUUUCUUUAUUAUUUUGUAAUUUUCAGUUGUAAUUUAUUGUAAAUCAUUGUAACAUUAUUGCAAUUUUAUUGUAAUAUCACCAACAAACAACAAUAGCUCUUGGCCUCUACCAAAUUCAAUUGGGGUCGACCCUAUGAAUAUCCUUAAUAUCCACGUUGCACCAUUUUGUCCGCGUUUAUAUAGAUAUAGCAUCACAAGGCUUUCGUUGUUGUGGCAUGCUUCAUAUUGCUAAGUAGAGAAUGGAAAUCCAAUUAUUAGGCACACCAACAUUAUUACACACGAGACUCCUCCAAUCGACCUUCUGAUAAAUACCUCUAAAAUUGGUAUUAUCCUUCAGUAUAUCCAGUUUGCUACCAGAAGUACUUUAAAUAAGAUGCAUCUUCAUUCUAGUUCAUUUGAUUAUGUGGUAUUAUUUUCUUAAUAAUUUGUUAAAAAGGAAUAAUUCAGUAUCCCUUAGACAUAUGCUAUAGUUGGCCUAGGAACAGUGUGUUUUUUAAGACUUGUAUUAUGAUAUUCAAAGUUGAUAUUCUUGCUUGAACCAUGUUGCCUCUAUUUGUAGUUAGUAACUGACACUGCCUCCUCCCCUCCAAAUAAUAGUCUAAGAAGAGAAACAUGUUAUUCAAGAGCUACAAAACUGCAAACAGUCAGUCCUAUCAGCUAUUAGUCUUGAUCAAUUUCUAGAAAAACAAGAGAUACACGUAGGUGGUGAAAAAACAACAUGAUAUUCACACAACAACUGAUCUGCCCCCUUCUUUUGUUGAUAAACAUAAUAAAGGAUUGGAUGAUCUUGCAGAACAAGAAGAUAUUGGUGAUUAUGAGUGUUCUAGAGACUAGAGAUAAGGAUAUGAACAUUGAUUGUAGUACAAAUGGUAUGUCUUAAACCUUUUAUGUUUACCACUCAUCAACUUUUAGGUUAUUUCUUGGCUAUUACUUCAAUCCGAGGAUAUCCGAGAAAAAAAAAGUUCGAGGAUACUCAACAUGUAAGAAAAUUCACACAAGAAAUUUAGAUCAAAGAGAAGAGGUAAUAUUUUACAAAGGACAAGCAGUGGGACCAACUGGAAAGACAACUUCUGAUUUGCAAGGAGUCCUAGAUUUAUUACCUUGAUGUACACUAGUUGGCAUGUUGUGCCAAAGGAAAAUAAAAGACGCACGUGGAAAUAUAUCAAUAAGGAGAGAAGUGGGUGAUGGAUGGUCUUCGUGAUGCUCGGAGACGAUGCAAGAGAAGUAUUCAACGGAGAUGUUUUAAUAGGAAACUUACUGAUGAAUAAAUGUUAGCAAAACGUCUCGAUGACAUGCCAAAAGUUCGAUUGCGCCAGUUGAUAGAGUAUUGGAAACAUCCAACUGUCCAAGUCCUGAGCGAGGUAAAUUUUCAAAAAGGAAAAAGUGGACGCAUCAGAUGGGACCUAUUAAUUUUGCAAGAGUACACCUGGCAUUGGUAAUAUUUAGUAGACACGAAAACGACGAGGAACCAUCGCAGUUGGAAAUGUUUAUUGCAACUCGUACAAAGACGGGGAAAGAAGUUCAUACAGAUAGCCAACUUAUAAUAGAUGAACUUCAGAAUCAUCAAAAUUCUGGGAAAACAACGGAUGAUGCAUUCAAGGCAGUGUUUGGAAAGGAGCAGCCUGGUCGACUUAGAUGCUACAGUAGAUCAGUGACAGCAAGUUCACCGAAAAGAGAUGAGGAAACCAAGCAGCUUAAACAAAAGCAUGCCAAUGAAGUCACUUCUCUUAAGGAAGUAAUGCGUGAAAUGAGAGAAGAAAUGCAACAUAUUUUUAGUCAAUUGGUGCAAAAUAACCCUCCAUUAAAUGUUCAAGAUAUACCAGGGUAUGCUGAAUUUAACCUUCCUUCACCUGAUGAUGCAAGUAGUGCACGAGCUGUAAGAGGGCAAACUCUUCCAAAUUCUUCCAACUCAACUCGUGCUUCGAUUCUUAAAAAGUGCAGAUACGAACAAGGGAAAAUAGAUGGAAAUGGACACUGGUUCACACUUGAAAGUUGCCAUCAACUAAGACAGGCUGCUCAUGACCUAUUGCUAAUAGGAUAUCUUACAAUCAAUGACUAUGAAGUGCCUUCUAGACAAGAGUGGGUAUGUUGUUCAUGGUGCCUACUUGGAGAUACCUGAUACAAGCAUGAAGAGCACAAAAAGGUUCAAGGUAAUUAUCAAAGAUUCAAGAUGCGGAUUGAAGACCUUUUGGAGCCUUUUCGAAGUAUCGAUCAAGAGAAGGAAGGAGGGGAACUUAUUCACUCAAGGGGCGCCUCAAGUGAAGGGUAUAGAAGACAUUUUACACUCCAAAAUUGACACUCAAGAGGUGCCCCAUUUCCCUUAUUCAUUAAGGGUAUUUUUUACAUUUACUAUAUAAUAGUAAAUAGGCAUUCUAGAUUGUAUUUUCACAAGACUUGGAUGAAUUGAAAUUGAAUAUUACUCUUAGUUUAGUUUCUUCCUUAGGGUAGGGCUUGGAUAAGCCAUAUCAGUGUAGGUCUUGGAUAAGACAUCAAAACUUGAGAGAUUAAUACAUUUAAUGGAUUUCACUUGUAUUGAUCAAUUGGCAAUAAAGGUGCACUUGAGGAAGAGUGUUUCCUUUGGGUCACCUAAGAAAGUGGUUUGAAUUUACAUGGUGAUGUGUGUUUGAAAGUUUGAUACACCUUCUAGUGCUAUUCACUUGUGGAAGUAAGGUCACUUUACUAUCUUUUCAUCUUAUGCAAUCUUCACCUUCUUCCCCUUUCUGUGUGUUGUUUUCUUUAGUUGUGUUUGCUGGAAAUUGUUUGUUGAACCCCAAAUUUCGUGAGUUUCUUGGCCUUUAGGCUAUCAUUUGGUAUCAAAGCCUUGUUUAGGGUUGUUCCAACAUCCCUUAAUCUUGGUUUCAGUGUUCUUAUAUAGAAAAUCUCAUCAAAAAAGAGUUAAAAAAUCAAAAAAUACAAAAAAAUUGAGUGUUGUCUUGUGUGUUGGUGUUAGAUCAGAAAUUUAGGUCUUAGAUCUACAAGUUUUUACUUUGUCUUUGAAGUUUCUAGCACUAGAUCCUUACUCUCUAGUGCCUAGGGAGUCUAGAUCUACUUUUAGAUUGAAGUUUGGUUGAGUUUGAGCAUUAAAUCCAUCAUGGCUAUGGAGUUUUGAAGCUUCUUGACCUAUACACGAUUUUGUCUUGGUGAUUUAGGCUUGAUUUGUGGCUGAUUUUUAGUUGGUUGGGGUUGUCUUUGCAUAAAGAACCUAGAUAUAUAAAAAAAUUCAAAUUUGGAGCUCAUUUGCUUGUUGGUCAACACUUGAAUAUUCAUCUUGUUCAUCCUUAAUAUUCAUAUCUUAGUGAAGAAGAAUAUUCAAAGGUGUUGUUUGAUCCUAAAAGGGGAAGAAAGAGAGUGAAAAGUUUGUUUGUCUACAAGCAUAUUCAAAGAAUAUUCCAUUCUUCCAAAAAGAUAAGGGGACAAGGGGACAAACAAGGUACAAUUGCAUUUAUUAGGGGGGCCAUUUCAUUCCAUUUUCAUUUGAAGGCUUGAAAGAGCUCUAAAUUGCAUCUCUCUACCCCCAAAACCGAAAUUCAUCUUCCCAAAGUGGUGUUUGGUCGAAAACAAGCCUUUGAAAAAUUUGAAAAGUCGAAAAGUGACAACCAACCACGUAGUGCCAAGUCAUCACUUGUGCUCAACCAAAGUUCGACCCUACAAUUAUAUUUUUCUAGUUUCUAGUUUUUGUAAUUCUAGUUUCUUAUAAGUCAAUUCUAUCCCUAAUUAUUAAGCUAGUAAUUACCUACUAGUUCAGUAAUUAGAUUAGAGUCUGUUGUUUCGCGUCUUCGAUUUUUGUGUGCUUUUCUCGUUUUCAAGUCGUAGUAUUUUUGUUGGUUCAAGUUCGUGCAUCACUUAUUUUGAGUCGUUUCAAAUGAAGAUCCAUUCCGAUUCGAAGCUUCUCACCUCUCAAGUAACUUGCCAAGUAUUGCCGGUUCUCCAACACUUGUGAGGCCAAGUGUGAGGUGAGGUUGAGUGUGAGUGAAAUGAGGCUUUUGAACUAACUCGUUUGCUCGUUUUGUAGGUCAUUUUGCUUGCUGUUUUUUGCACUUCGUAGGUACAUUUUCCAUGGAAACCGAAGGUACUACUUCCCAACCUUUGGGAAAUGAUGUAUUGGGAGCUUUGAUGGCCCAAGUGGAGGCCAGAAAUGAUGCUAUAAGGAGUGAAUUGGAUGCAAUGAGGGGUGAGAUUUCCACUUUUAGUGGAAGGCUUGGCCAAAGGCUACUUUCACGAGGCCAAACACCUCAAAUCCAAAGAUCCUACACUUCACCAAAUCCAAAGACACCAACCCAAACCUGUCCUCAACCAAAACCAAUACCCUCUCACCAAACCACACUAAACCAAAUUCCCUUCAUCCAAGUAGAAAAAGAAAAGAAGAUGCAAUCCAAAGAGAGUGAGUCCAAGCAUCAAGUUGGAGAGAAAAUGAAUAGUGAGGUACAAGAAGAAUGUGAAGAAAGAAGGGAAAAGGAAAGGGACGCCACGGGUAGUGAAAAGGAAAAAGAAUACUUGAUUGUGGAUCUUGUCCACAAAGGGCCCUUGUUAUUCACUAACCCCAAUGCUAGCACUUUGCCUAGCAUCGAUUCUUCUCAUGUGCAGGUUCAAGACUAUAGAAUUCUCGAGGAGAAGUCUAAGGAAGUUCCCUUCAAGACCUUGGCCGAAAAUCCCAAUUUUGGGAUAAGUGAUGAAGAAGUUAGUCCAAAGGGAAACCUUGGCAUAUUCCCUUGUAAUGUGGAGCAUGAGGGCUGCCAUGAUGCAAAACCAAGUGACGAACACACUUCCUAUGAUCUACAAGGCAAUAAAGCUAUCCUCUGCACCUAUAGAAACUUGAAUUAUUGUGAUGUGGCUAGUAGCGGCCAAAGUGGUGUAGUUUCGGAUUUGCUUGGCGUAGAAGUGUAUGGAUCUUCCUUUUGUGAUACUCUUGGUGUUGAUAGGUUGUAUAAGGAGCAAACUCUUUUUGUGAGUACGCAAGCACUAGUUGAUCCUUUAGAUGACAAAAUCAAUUCUUUUUGUAAGAAUGAUUUGUGUCCAUCUAGUGAUAGCACUUAUAACUUGAAUAAGGUUCCAUUAUCAUGUGACAAGAAUAUUCAUAAACUACAUAACCCUCUUGUAGAUGAUAGCACCUUGGGUGAUGUCUUCACACUUGAUUCCUACCUAUACUACCUCUUUGACUAUGAUGAUAAUUUUGAAUUGAUAUUAUGUAGAGGUAGUAAGCUUGGUGGCUGUUUUCCUUUCUUGAAUGAAGAUGAUUGUGGGUUUGAUUCUCUAGUAAAAGGAAUGGCUAACAUCGGCUUAGAUUCUUGUAUAUUUCUUCCAUUUGAUCCCGGUAUACUAUUGGGGUGGGGAAGGUUGUGAUUCGGAUUGCAUUCCUUUUUCCUUGAUGUCUCUCUUAACCAUGUCCUUUGUGAUGCUUGUAGUAAGUAUUUAAUGAUCAUAACAAAGGAUUAUUGGUUGUAUUUCAAAUAUGUACCCCCUUGGCUUGAUAGACUAGUGAAAGGAAUGGCUUCUCUCAGGUUAGGCCUUUGUCUUCUACUUCCAUUUGAUUCCGGUAUCAACUUGAAAUAUGAAGGUUAUAAUUGCUGGUUGUGCUCACUUAUUCUUUUUAUAUUGAUGAUAUUCAUGUCUUUGGUAUACUUUAUGCUAAGAUUUUUAUGUCAAAGACCAAGGAUAUGUGGAUGUAUGUCAAGUGUGAGUAACCAUGGGUUGAUGAUAUAAGUAUGGUACUAAUACUAACCCUUCUACCAAGAGGAUUGUGUGCUUAUUUUUCUUCUCUCUUUGGUUUUGCAAGAUCUAAAUUUGAGGACAAAUUCCUUCAAGAUGGAGAGGAUGAUACAAGCAUGAAGAGCACAAAAAGGUUCAAGAUAAUUAUCAAAGAUUCAAGAUGUAGAUUGAAGACCUUUUGGAGCCUUUUCGAAGUAUCGAUCAAGAGAAGGAAGGAGGGGAACUUAUACACUCAAGGGGCGCCUCAAGUGAAGGGUAUAGAAAACAUUUUACACUCCAAAAUUGACACUCAAGAGGCGCCCCAUUUCCCUUAUUCAUUAAGGGUAUUUUUUACAUUUACUAUAUAAUAGUAUAAAUAGGCAUUCUAGAUUGUAUUUUUAUAAGACUUGGAUGAAUUGAAAUUGAAUAUUACUCUUAGUUUAGUUUCUUCCUUAGGGUAGGGCUUGGAUAAGCCAUAUCAGUGUAGGUCUUGGAUAAGACAUCAAAACUUGAGAGAUUAAUACAUUUAAUGGAUUUCACUUGUGUUGAUCAA